AUGUUGUUGGCGCUCGGUGAGACAAGGCGCUUGGGACCCUUUAUAGCAAAUAUAUCGGUGCCGUCUAUCGAAGGCACGUUCCGGGUUGACGUUCCCGUGGUGCUCCUGGGCUACGCCCACGAGGCGAAGCCGUGGUCCCCGGCGCUGGACGCGCCUGCCUCGAGCACCUACGUGUCCUUCUACAUGACGGUGGAGCCGGGGUUGCAGUCGCCCGAGGUGUUCAGGGCGCGGACUAUUUACACUAGACUGGAGCCAGAGCGUCAGGCCGACAUUCACUCGCGCCAAGGGCACAGACCCACUUCGUCGUCGUUCUCACGGCGGCUCGUCUCUCGGGUAUCUACCAAUAAUAUCGUAAUAAUAUGCCAUAUUUUUCCUUCGCUCACUCAUUGUGACAGCAGCGAGCCCCCGCAGCUGUUGCAGCAAGCCGAGGAGUGGCAGAGCUCGUUCGAGUCCCGCUACCCUCGCCGCUUCCUCAAGGCGCUCGCCAUGGACGCCUCGGGCAAGUGGGUGUUUGUGCCGCGGUUCCUGCGACCCCUGGCGCCGCCCCAACAGCUUAUGGACUCGGCCAGGCGUCCUAGCUUCGUCGAGGACGCCUCAGCUACGGCAAAAGACAUCAUGGCGCUGGCUGCUCGCUUCGUGUCCCUGAUACCGACGCUGUCAGACAGCGUGCUGUUUCCAGGGCUCUGUGAUAUUUGGAGCACCUGCGACCAAUUCCUGCGCGUUCUGACGGGCGACGAAGAGGAGCACGCCCUGUUGCUCUGCAACUACUUCCUGCACCUGGGCGCCGAGGCGUACCUGUUGCUGGGCAGCGGCAUUCCCGAGGGACAGACCGCGUACGUGCUCACCCGCGACCACAGCUCCGCUAGGAACCGCGACGGCGACGUGCGCAUCUGGAACGCCGUCACGGGACGUUCCUACAGCGCCACCGACAGCUACGGGCCGCUGCACAGCGUGGGGUGCCUCGUCGGCACCGACAACAUCAAGGCAAACGUGCAGAAGCACGAGCACCCAUCGAGGCUUUCUUACAACUUGAGCAAGUCGAGUCACUGGAAGCCGUUCUUCGCCAAAGGAAAAGUGCCCCCGACCCUCGACUCCGUGCAGCCCAGCGAGCUUUCGUAUGAGCCGACGGACAACUCGUACGUGUCCAGGCUGCAGCAGAAGAUCGAGUAUGCGCUGAAGGAGAGCGUGAUGAAGUGGCGCAAGCGGUUCCGCACCUCCUGGAACCGCUACGCGAGCCAGGUGCUCCGCAAGAUACUGCCCAGGCUCGAGUCGAUGUCGUCGACAUCGACCAGCACUGACGACAUCCAGAAACUCUCCGAGAUACUCACUUCGUACAAGAUAAGUGGCUUUCCGCUGUCGAUGAGCUUCACCGACGUGGAGACGGUCAUCGAAGGCGUGCUGUCCACCGGAGUCCACCUGACCGAGUCCAGAAAUGUGGAGUUUGCCUUGGCCGUCCACAUACAUCCCUACCCGUCCGUCGUGCUCGCCAUCUGGGUGUACAUCGCGGCACUGAGGAGAAAGUCCUGAGCACUUGGAAUGUCUUAGUAAUCGCGGCAUUCGUGUGUUCAGCGUUGGUCAUUGUCAAUAAAUGCAAAUAAAUAAAUAGAUAAAAAAAUUCACAAAA